GCAAAAUCUGAAAAGACAAGUAAAGUAUAUCGAUGUCUCUUCAACAACCCAAUGGGAACUCGAGUUCCUCUUCUUCCCCCAAGAAGCACAAAACUGAGGAGAGUGACGAGGAGGAGUUGUUGAUGGUUCCUGACAUGGAAGCAGCUGGAUCAACAUGUGUUCUAAGCAGCAAUCCGGAGACUGACCAGACCCAAAAUGAAACUUCAACGGCCAAGCGCAGCCGUGGACGAAACCCUGUUGAUAAAGAACACAGAAGCCUCAAAAGAUUGUUGAGGAAUAGAGUAUCGGCACAAGAAGCGAGGGAGAGGAAGAAAGUGUACGUGAGUGAUAUGGAAUUAAGAGCUAAUGAGUUGCAGAACAACAAUGAGCAGCUUGAGGAGAAGAUAUCCACUCUGAUGAAUGAGAACACAAUGCUUCGCAAAAUGCUUAUUAACACUAGGCCUAAAGCUGAUGAUACUCACUAA